AUGGCGUCGGAGCCGGUGGCGCGGGCGGUGGCGGAGGAGGUGGGGCGGUGGGGGAGCAUGAAGCAGACGGGGGUGAGUCUGCGGUACAUGAUGGAGUUCGGCUCCCGCCCCACCCCGCGCAACCUGCUCCUCUCCGCGCAGUUCCUGCACAAGGAGCUCCCCAUCCGCUUCGCGCGCCGCGCGCUCGAGCUCGAGUCGCUGCCCUUCGGCCUCUCCAACAAGCCCGCCAUCCUCAAGGUGCGGGAUUGGUACUUGGACUCAUUCCGCGACAUCAGAUACUUCCCUGAAGUGAGGAGCCGGAACGACGAGCUCGCUUUCACACAGAUGAUCAAUAUGGUCAAAAUGCGGCACAAUAAUGUGGUUCCAACAAUGGCUUUGGGAGUGCAGCAGCUGAAGAAGGAACUGGGCCACUCAAGGAAGGUUCCCUUUGAAUUCGAUGAUCAGAUCCACGAGUUCCUUGAUCGAUUCUACAUGUCAAGGAUUGGCAUCCGCAUGCUGAUAGGGCAGCAUGUGGCUUUGCAUGAUCCUCAACCCUCUGGUGUCAUAGGCCUCAUUAAUACAAGAUUAUCCCCAAUACAGGUGGCUCAAGCUGCUUGUGAAGAUGCCCGUGCUAUAUGUUUAAGGGAAUAUGGAUCAGCUCCUGAUAUUAACAUUUAUGGUGAUCCAAAUUUUACAUUUCCAUAUGUCACACAUCACCUACAUCUGAUGUUAUUUGAAUUGGUGAAGAACUCUCUCCGUGCAGUGCAAGAACGCUAUAUGAAUUCUGAUAAAGAUGUUCCUCCAGUUAGAAUUAUAGUUGCUGAUGGAGAAGAGGAUGUUACUAUCAAGGUUAGUGAUGAAGGUGGCGGGAUACCAAGAAGUGGCCUCCCAAGAAUUUUCACGUAUCUGUAUAGCACUGCAAAGAAUCCUCCUGAGCUAGAUAGACCUAAUGUCGGAGUAACUAUGGCCGGAUAUGGUUUCGGGCUCCCAAUCAGCCGGCUUUAUGCUCGGUAUUUUGGUGGCGACUUGCAAAUCAUCUCAAUGGAAGGAUACGGUACCGAUGCUUACCUCCACUUGUCACGGCUGGGAGAUUCAGAGGAGCCCUUGCCUUGA